AUGCUCCGUAUAUCGCCCCUACUCUUCCUCUAUGGCAUGCUAAUGGACGUUGUCCUGGCUAUCACACUUAUCUCGCUCUUCGCGUCCGCAUACCCCGAUCUAUUCCGUACCGCCCUAUGGCAAAACGGUGGCUCUGAAGCUUGGAACCCGGAUCCCCAGCAGCGUGUGUACAACUAUGCAAACUACCGCGACUCUACAGUGUUUCACCUGGUCAUCGCUGUCAUAACGCUGUUUGUAUGGAUCGUGCGCUUUCAAGUCAACUUCCUCAGUGGAUACGCUCUCGACCUUCAUGCGAAUAUCAUGACGAAUGCGAUGUAUGACAUACUUCUUGUCGGGCUCUAUGCAUCUAGUGCAGCAUUUCAAAACUCAGGGGACUUCUCGGAUCCUAAGCACAUCAGUCUGAGGCCGUGGUAUCUGGAACGGGGGUGUGAGGAUGCGUGGGCGCGGAUACGGGGUGGAUGUGAAAUCAUGAGGGUGUCAUACAGCGUGACGGUAUUUGCUGUGAUAUGGUUCUGCCUGCGCUUUGUGACAACAUGUCUGUAUCUUGCAUACAUGCUUGGCAGAGAGCAUGAGAUUCAAGAUAUGUUGCCCGAUUACGACGAACUCUCUGAAUGCAAGACUAUAAGUUACAUUCCUUGAACGCACGCCUCCACAUGCAUUACGAGUAGGAUAUGAGUACCCUAAAAUGAAGCCAGCGUGAUAUACAGGGUGGAGUUAAUCAAAGCAGCCUUUCCCAGGCUCUGGAGUGCGCAUUACUGGCUUCCAAGAGAGACCAUAUUUGCUUGAAUCAUUUCCAUUCCUGGCAAACCUCGGAUCGAGAUCUCGAUUGGAGUUGUUUUCUCCAAUGACAGCACAAAAACCACCUGACUGUACAAGAUAAAGUUGGUCGACACGUGGCGAUCCAUAUCCUUUUAUGCAGUGUCUAGUGACUCGACAUGAUAGCUGUCGUAAGCGUCACUAGGUUCAAUAAAUCAUCAUAAUU